UGCAGAGAUCUGUGGGGGAUUUAAUAAAACUCUUGACCUGCUUCCUGAUCCAGAGUCCAGCUGCGUCUGUGAGCAUUAUAUACACAGGAGAUAGAUCAAACCUAGUCUGAUCUAUAUGAGCAGCGGCUCCAGACAUAGUGAAGUGAGAGUCAACCCAACGGGCUCCUGUGUGGUUGCCCGUCCCCGUCCCUGAGUCCGAGUCCUCCAGUGGUGGCCCUCGGGCACGCGCGGGCCCCUUGUGACAGGCGCGCGCCACGUUUCCCUGCACUGACAGAGCCCGUUCCAAAAUAGACGGCACCGUCCCCGCACCCUCCCACCGUCGCCCUCCUCUCUCGCUGCGCUGCCCCGGGACUCUCUCCUCUCUCUCCCUUUCGAGGAGCGUCACGCAGCUGUCCAGCGCGUCUUCUCGGCAGGUCCGCACCGAACCCACGGAGCCGGACCGCGGUGCGGGAAAUCUCACGCACGGGACUAAAACCAGCAGCAGCGGCGGCGGCCGGAGGGGGUUGUGAAGCAGAGCGUCGUGCGGGGAAGAGGGGGCUCCCUGAAACCUGAGCCAUGAGUCGCAGCAUCGUGCGGCAGAGCAAGUUCCGCCACGUUUUUGGCCAGGCGGUCAAGACUGAGCAGGGCUACGAUGACAUCCGUGUGUCCAAGGUGACGUGGGACAGCUCCUUCUGCGCCGUCAACCCGAAGUUCCUGGCCGUCAUCGUGGAAUCCAGUGGAGGAGGAGCGUUCCUGGUCCUGCCCCUGUCUAAGAUGGGCCGCGUGGACAAGAACUACCCGCUGGUGAUUGGACACUCUGGACCCGUGCUCGACAUCGACUGGUGCCCCCAUGACGACAACGUCCUGGCCAGCUGCUCCGAGGACUGCACUGCCAUGGUGUGGCAGAUUCCAGAUCACACGCUGACCCGCCCGCUCUCCGACCCCAUCGUCGUCCUGGAGGGACACUCCAAACGCGUUGGCAUCGUCAGCUGGCACCCGACCGCACGCAACAUCCUACUCACUGCGGGCAGUGAUAACCUGAUAAUCAUCUGGAACGUGGGCACUGGCGAGCCCCUCCUCUCCAUGGACGACCACCCGGACCUCAUCUACAGCAUCAGCUGGAACAGAAACGGCAGCUUGUUCUGCACCACCUGUAAAGACCGGCGUCUGCGCGUGUGCGACCCCCGCAAGAGGGAGGUGGUGGCGGAACGACUGGCUCCACACGAGGGGAUCCGGCCAAUGAGAGCCAUCUUCACCAGAGAUGGAAACAUCUUCACCACAGGCUUCACCAGAAUGAGUCAGAGGGAGCUCGGACUUUGGGAUCCGACAAAUUUUGAAGAGCCUAUUGCGCUGCUGGAGUUGGACACAAGCAAUGGUGUGUUGCUACCGUAUUAUGAUGCAGAUGCAAAUAUGGUCUACCUGUGUGGAAAGGGAGACAGCAGCGUCCGGUACUUUGAGAUCACAGAGGAGCCGCCGUACGUCCACUACCUCAACACCUUCAGCAGCAAGGAGCCCCAGAGGGGGAUGGGCUUCAUGCCCAAGAGGGGAGUGGACGUCAGCAAAUGUGAGAUCGCAAGGUUGUACAAGCUGCACGACAAGAAGUGUGAACCCAUCACAAUGACGGUGCCCAGAAAAUCGGACCUCUUCCAGGAUGACCUGUACCCAGACACAGCAGGGCCUGAACCUGCCAUGGAGCCGGAGGAGUGGCUGGACGGCCGAGACGAGGAUCCCAUUUUGGUGUCCAUGAGGGAGGGCUAUGUGCCGCCAAAGAGCCGAGAGCUCAAAGUGGCAAAGAAGAAUGUGCUGGACUCCAGACCCACCACGCGUCGCAGCAUGUCCACCUUGGAAACCAACACCCUGCCGUUCCCUGCUUUGUUUUGUUUCAUUUCGUCUAGUUGUUCACUGUCUUUGACCUAUUUUUCAUCUUUAAUUUCCUUUCAUCUUUCAUUCUCUUUACUCCCUUCUCUCCACCUCUACUCGUUUCCAGCCUCAGCUGCUUGAGAGGUUGCUGGAGGAGAUUCAGAACCUGAAGGCCACGGUUUUGUCUCAGGAGCAGAGGAUCUGUGACUUGGAGAAUAAGCUUUCCCAAUACACCAAUGGCACUGCCUGAUGCGCUCAUAAACCUACCGUGUGAAGAACUGUUCUGAGGUUUAUAGAAAAGCAUUUCUCUCCUUGUUUUCACAAGGAGCUAGUUUGAAAUAUUCUGCCCUUAAUGCUACUGUAAAACGUCUCUUGUUAUACUCACCAUUUACAGUGGCCCAGUGCCAAAGUGGAGCAAAGAGGCUGUAGGGUAAACAGAUAUGCAAGUCGUCAGUGAGAAGAAAGUCAACACUACACACAGACAUGUAAGGAAUUGAAACAGCAAAUAUCAGAAGUGAGGAAAAGACUCUCUAUUUGUCAUUACUGCAAUUACAAGCUCUCCCAGACACACAGUAACAUACACAUAAAACAUAGACAUGAAGUAAGCAUGCAUCUCAACAUGUCAGAUGAUCCCUGACCAGUUAAGUCCAAUAAAUAAAAAAACAUUUGAAAAUGUAAAUAGCCAAAAAACAACAACAUAAAAACAAACUUGUAGCAAAAUGUGAAAAAAGUUGUGGAUGGAUCUAUUAUGAUAAAACAAUAAAAACAUGUUUUUUAAAAUUC